CCGCUACAUGAACAUAAUUUCCCGAAUGUCAUGCGCUAUAGCCGGUCCGCGCGAAAAAGCGCCCCUGUGCUUGUUACGUCAGUGUGUGCGUGAGGGCCACGUGAUUUUGACAGAUUAAAAAGCCGGUUAGUGAACCGAGUGUUUAUGUUUACUGAUAACAGUUUUAUCCGUUGAUGACCGACGGAGUAAUAACAAUGCUUUGACUGGAUUCAAGCUUUUGGGUGUGACUGAUCGGUUUAUUAUCAGCUGUUGAUAUGGCGUUGUUUUGGUGUCGAACGCUACCGUUCGCUCUUCUCUCGACGCUCACGGCCGCUAAUGAUGGAUUGUUCGGCUCCUCUAAAUAUCCUAACGAAAUACCGGAAUACGACUUACUACACGCAAUCGGCGUUCCCUUCAGCAACCCCAAGACGCAAUACUUCGACGAAGGCCUCGACGGCUUCCCGGCAUAUGGGCUGAAACCCGGCUCCGACAUCAAAUCACCUUACCGCCUCUUCAUGCCCGAAAAACUGUACCCAGAAUUCUCCAUAACAGCCACAGUCCGACCCGCCACCGAAAACGGCGGCUUUCUAUUCUCUGUCGUAAAUCCUUUAGAGACGGUGGUCCAAUUGGGAGUACAGUUGAUCCCGUCGGGGAGAGAUCUCACAAAUAUAUCCCUUUUAUAUACAGAUGCAAAUGUCUAUGCCCUCUCGCAGACAAUUGUGUCGUUCGCUAUACCAUCGUUUUCUAAGAAAUGGAGUCGCUUCGGAUUGAAGGUUACUACAGAGAAUGUGACGUUGUAUCUGAAUUGUCACGAAUUUGAUACUGUGCCUGUGAAGAGGAAUCCGAUGGAGUUGGUAUUCGAUUCAGCGUCGACUCUGUACGUGGGGCAGGCGGGGCCGCUUAUCCGAGGCGCUUUUCACGGUGCGUUUCAAGAACUGAAGUUGUACGGAUCCCCUUCGCAGGCUGAAGUGCAAUGUGUCAACACUUUCGAGGAAAUGGGUAAAGGCAGUGGAGCAGACGAGAUUGACAUUGACAAUUUUUUGGUGGACCAAGAAGAAGGUGAUGCGGAAGGCUCAGGGCGCUUCGGGACGAUCCCCCCUUUCCCGCCCCCGCCCCCAGGACUCGACGGUUAUCCAAUGGCACUUAGAGGAGAGAAGGGCGAACGAGGACCAAGGGGUAUACCCGGGGAGUCAAUACGGGGCCCCCAGCCCCCGGGGCCGCCGGGGCCUCCAGGCCCUCCCGGAACCACCGCCAUCGCCGAGAUCUCGGGCUCAGGUGACGAUCAAAUCUUCGGUGAAAACUACGUAUCCCUCGGGCAGUGUGGGUGCAACUCCUCAACGAUUCUGUCGCUGUUGGAAACGGCGCCUGAGCUGCAGGGGCCGCCGGGUCCACCUGGCUUGGUGGGUGCUGAUGGACGCACCGGCCCUCCGGGUAUAGGAGGUCAACCAGGAAUGCCCGGUGAGCGAGGCCCGAUUGGACCACGAGGAGAUAAAGGCGAUAGGGGAGACUCAGGCCCGCGCGGACCAGAGGGCCAGCUGGGGCCUAAAGGGGAACCUGGGGUAGAUGGGAGAAUAGGCAGCCCCGGCCCUCCUGGUCCACCUGGCCCCCCUGGAUCCUCUGAUUACAAUAACUUUGACGAAUCCCUACUCGGUUCUUACGGAGGGGCCAUUGGCCGGCCAGGUGCGCCGGGACCCAAAGGUGACGCUGGCCAGAUGGGGCCAACGGGGCCCCAAGGAGAGCGGGGAUUCGCGGGGCCUAAGGGGGAACGAGGACAACCGGGACUGAACGGACCAAAAGGAGAUCGGGGUCAUCCAGGGUCACAAGGCGAUCGUGGACUAAAAGGUGACAGAGGCAACCCUGGCCUCGACGGCAGACCCGGGAUACCAGGAGCCAAUGGAAGACCGGCGGAGAAGGGCGAAAAAGGUGAACGUGGAUCUCCCGGGCCCCCAGGACCUCCUUUGGCAGGUGGAUACAUUCCUGACAGCGCGGAAUCUUUAAUUACUGGACCAAAGGCUGUUUCAAAGGGUGACAAAGGUGAUAAGGGCGAAAAGGGUAGUCAAGGCAACGACGGAGCGGCUGGCUUCCCUGGGAAAGAUGGAAAACCCGGGGAACGCGGGGACAUUGGACCAUCGGGUCUGCCGGGCGUGAUGGGUCCACCUGGUGCACUUGGACUUAAAGGGGAGAGGGGGGAGCGCGGACCACCUGGACCUAUCAGCAUUACUUCUACUGGAUCGGACAUUAUUACUGUCAAGGGCGAGAAAGGUGACGCUGGACCUCGUGGACGCAGAGGCAGACCCGGUACGAGCGGCCCGCGCGGCUUGCAAGGAAUACAAGGAUUGCCGGGCCCUCCGGGCAGACCGGGUGAUAAGGGCGACACUGGCUUCCCUGGAUGGGUGGGCAGACCCGGGUCUUCCGGAAAACCUGGAUUACCUGGCCCUGUCGGACCAAAAGGAGACAAGGGCGAACCGGGUGAAAGCCUCCUGGAUAUAUCUACGCUCAAAGGUGAAAAAGGCGAUCGAGGUUAUGACGGCGUGCCAGGUGCUCCAGGUGUUAUGGGCCCACCUGGUCCCCCAGGCCCCAAGUCCGACCCUGUCCAAUACAUUCCCGGGCCUCCAGGGCCCCCGGGACCCCCAGGACCUCCCGGUGUCUCCAUUAUCGGACCUAAAGGAGAACCAGGCAUGAGCGUUUAUGAAGAACAUCCUGUACAUGGAAAUACGAAGUUUUUUGGACGGCCGCCUGUCAAAGCUAGUGCUCUUGACGAGCUCAAGGCUUUAAGGGAGUUAAAAGACCUUAAGGAAAAAGAUCGACACAAAGACGCUCAACCCGUGUAUGGCGCCAGCAGUCAAAGAACAGAAGAAGCUAAUACAGCUCCAACUAUGCCUGGUGCUGCAGUUUUCCAGACUACAGAAGAAAUGAUGAGGUUGGCAUCAGCAAGUCCUGUGGGUGCUCUAGCUUACGUUACUGAGGAGCAAGCCCUGUUCGUUAAGGUGAAUUCUGGAUGGCAAUACGUACUUCUCGGAUCUCUCGUAACGCAGUCACCACAGGCCCCAGCGACCCCUGCGCCUGCGCCUCUGCCCAUGCCGGCUGCUAGCUUGGUGCAUGAAAUGCCACUGUCGAACUCGAUACACAGUGAAUCUGAUGUUUCUGAUGGACCCAGACUUCGGAUGGCAGCCUUGAGUGAGCCCAUGUCUGGUAACAUGCACGGCGUGCGUCGAGCAGACUAUUCCUGCUACAGGCAAGCGCGGCGGGCCGGGCUAAGAGGGACCUUCAGAGCCUUCCUCACUAGCAGAUCGACAAACUUAGACGCUACAGUCCGCUUCGCCGACCACCAUCUGCCAGUGGUGAACACCCGUGGUGACGUCAUCUUCAAAUCCUUUUCAAGCAUCUUUGACGGGAACGGCGGCAUCAUGGCUGGCGCUUCCAGGAUAUACAGCUUCGAUGGGAAAAAUCUGAUGACGGAUCCACAUUGGCCGCACAAGAUAAUUUGGCAUGGCUCACACGCGAGCGGCGAAAGAGCGUUGGACGCGUUCUGUGAAGAAUGGUCCUCUCAUGACCCUCAUAGGUCCGGCUUGGCUGCGUCUCUGUAUUCCCAUAAGCUGCUAUCUCAAGAGAGGUACUCCUGUAAUAACCACUUCAUAGUCCUUUGUGUGGAAGUGUCAUCGAAAACUAUGCGUAAUAAAAGAGAAGCACCCAGGUUCAAUAUGACCAACCUGUUAGACGACGAAGAUUACCUCUAUAACGCGGAAGAAUACCAGCAGCUGCUAAACGAAAUAUUUGCUCAACCUUUCAGAGAAAACUAGGCUGCAUUUAUAUUUUCACACCGAGACGUUGCCUGAGUUUUCAGGCUAAAUCAUACCCUCCGGCCCAGACGUCAAGCGGAUUUUACAACGAAGAAAUGGCUGGCGUAUUUGAUACAAUGAGAUUAUAUGAAUCAAGUGGUCUAACUUGUACGUAUGAGAUUCCUAUUAAAUUAAGCUUAUCAUGCAACUAGCUUAUAUUAGGUAGGCGUAGUUCUGUCGACACAUUGUUAGUGUUGUUGCUGUCUGUACAUCCUUUUUUAUACUUAUAUAGUGUAGGUAUGAUAUAAUAGCAUACAUGCGUAUCAUGCUUUUGGUCUUUCAAGUCUUUGUUAUUGUCGAAAGUCGAUGAAUCUGCAAUAUAUUUUUCAUUUCGUUUAUUUAUUUAAAGUAGGUAUAAGAAACGCAAUGUAACUUAGGCAUAAAGACAUUUUUAAUGUUUAGCGGCCCGAUUCGAUCCUUACGUCGUUGUCAAGAAUUAGCCUUAGGUACAAAAUGGAUCGGAUUAUAUCAUACUAAAUAACAUUUGACAAUUUUAUAUCAAAUAGUUAUCUUAUAUAGCUACAGCAAAUAUUUGGAUCGGGUCAUAGAUACAUUGCUUAAUAUCCUUCGUAAGGGGGUUUAAUAUUGCAUACUUAUUUAAAAAUUGCAAAUAAAUGUGAGUGUGUUUAGUAAAACGUCCCACUUUGUCGGUUACCAUUAAGGCGAGAUUUACUUGUAUCUUUUUAUGAAUAAACUGACAAAGCGGCUUUAGAGCAAUCGACAAAGUGGGGCGUUUUCCCGUGCACAUUCACAAAUAAGCAAAAUAUAACAAAUUACAAAUGCGAUUGAAAAUAAGACUGUACAUACUUUAUAUUAUAUGAUUAUUUUACGAUUAAGUCAUUUUUACGGUAAAAUUACGUCCAAGGUAUUACGUGUUAAAAUAAUUUAUCAAAUGUAACUUCAUAAUUAUAUAAAUUAUUAAUUAAAAUCCAAAGAUUGUGUUUUGUAUAUUUCCAAUAAAAAAAAAACAUUUGUUAAUUUUAUUGUAAAUGCCAUAAUAAGUUUAGUAAAUAUUUAAAUGAUUAUGAGGUGCUUAGUACAUAUUUCAAAUGAUACUACGCGAUUAGAUUUCAUAUCUUUUCAUCUUGUCGACAGUCACCUAGCGUGAUAAUAACACCGCGGCACUAUAACCGACUGCCUUUACUGUCAUUUCAGUAGUAGCGAUGUGCCGUUUCCGAUAUUUUCCCGAGAACAGAAAUUUCCGGAAACAUUAUCUUGGGAGGUAAUGGCAUAGUAAAAGAAAUAAGACAAAUACCAUAUAAACGUGUACGCAAAUAAUUUGUAACUUUAACGUUAAUAUUAAAGAAAUAUAAUAGGUAUCAUAAUUUAUUAAAGACCAAUCUAAAGAGAAAAACCUCACAAAACUUCAUAAACACGUUAUUUGAAGCAAAGGAUAUAAACUAAAGGAAAGAAAGUAUGUUAUUUCCUAGUAAGAAACAAUGAUCUUAAGAAAGUUGGACAUUUACUGUAUUUACUGGACAUUUCAUUGGAACGGAAUUCUAAGAAACAAGAAUAUUCUCAUCGGCACAUUACUACAUAUCAGAUACAUUUUUAAUGGCUUGACAACGUCCUGUACUCUGUACCUAAAGCGGUUUCUAAAAUGACAUCUAUUCUGACCUUUCAAGUGUUCGUCCCGAUUUCCCUAUAUAUAUAUAUGGCUACGCAAGCAAUUUUCUUAAAUUCAUCUCGGGUCUUUUUCGUUUUAUGACAAUUUCUUAAAUUUGUCCCAUUUUUCAUUCAUCACUUUCGUAAGCAGUCAUUUUCUUCUUUAAUCAUUUUUGUUAUACUUGUUUUAUCUCGUAUUAAGUGAACUGUAAAAUUCUUUGUGAGAUUAAAUGAUCUUAAACCUUAAACCUUUUUAACCUUUCUUAUUCUGAAUUAUUCGAUAUUCAUUGAAUCGUCUUUUGUCUUAUUGUUUCUUGAACUGCGACUAUGAAAAGCAACAAAUACAGCGUUCAUGAAAAUGCGAAAGAAAAAAGGCAAACAACAAAUAUUAUCAAAAACUUACUAUAGUGACGAAUACAGAAUGUGACAAAUUGAAGAAUUUGACAAAAACAAAUGUGACGAUGCACGGCGAUACCAUUGUUUAUAUAACAUAAAUCUAUUAUUUCGUGAUUGUAGUAAACGUAGAUAAUCUUGCGAAGUCAUGGCAUGUCGUCUAGAUGUAAUCGUAAUAUUUUAGUGCCAUGCCAUAGAUAAAAGCUUGUAGCUUUUAUGACAAAAAGACGUACAACGUUAAGUCAUGCUUGUAAUUUUAAAUAGUACAGUCAGCAUUAAAAAGACCGAAUAAAAAAAACAUUUUUUUUUUUUCAAAUUUGUCCACCAAACUUUU